UUGAAGACAGAACGGAAUUUAGAGCAGAUCCAGAAGACACAGCGACAGAGCCUCCCUGUUGCCAGCUGUUUUUAGAGAACGGAAGAAAAUGAUCCAGGCCCAGGAAACCCUGACGUUUGAUGAUGUGACUGUGGACUUCACGUGGGAGGAGUGGCAGCUCCUGACCCCUCCUCAGAAGGACCUGUACCAAGAGGUGAUGCUGGAGAACUAUAGCAACCUGCUGUCUGUGGGUUAUCAAGCCAGAAAGGCAGACAUACUCUCCAAGUUGGAUCAAGGAGAACCAUGGACGAUGGAAGAUGAAAUCCACUGUCAAACCCAUUCAGGAAUCCCUGACAUGACGACGUGGCUAUGAAGUUCACAUGGGAGGAGUGGCAGCUCCUGGACCCUGAUCAGAAGGACCUGUACCGGGAUGUGAUGCUGGAGAACUAUAGCAACUUG